UCAUUCUGCACCAUACCAUCAAAUACACUACCACACGAGCUUCUUCAAACUUCUAAUUGAAAGAACCCUUCCGGUAAACCUCGCGUCUACCACCGUGACCAGCGACAGCAGCAGCAGCACGAUGCUCAAAGAACUCGCCUCCAUCAGCCGCCUCGCCCAGCGCAGCCGACCCAUCCAUACCAGCAGCGUCCUCACCCUCACUCAACCCCGCCCCUUCCACACGCUCCCCGCCCUCCAAACAACCCACGACCAAAGCUCCGAGGCCAAAUCCGGCGACCGGACGGUCCUCGACCCGCAACGCUCUGAGGUGUCGAAAUCCGGCACGGACAACGAAGUCGCCGGCCACCCGGCGGCGUAUGAUCCCUCGAAGACGUCGCCCGAGAGCGAGAUUGAGGCCACGCAGGAGGAGACCCGCCGGGAAGGGAAAGUAAGUAAUCCGUUGGACAUGAGUCCCGCCAAUAAGGAUGUGAGUCAUUGGAGACAUCCGACGGAGGGCGGGCCGGAUCACAAUGCGGAGAAAUCUGGGCCGAGUUCCAGGGGGUGGACGAAGAAGAAUCGGCCUGUGGGGGAGAAGGCGGGGAAGAAUUGAGGGGUUGAGUGUGCUUGAAGAGUAUAGAGGUAGAAAGAUGGGGAGAGUGUUAAUUCAAGGGUUCAUGUUUUUGGGUUGGGGAUGUUUGGUACCGCGUACCGAUCGUUUAUAUGUUCUUGUUACUUUGUAUAAUGAUAAACUUGGAAUAUUGAUAUUCUACAAUGCUUUUGCACUUGUGCUGUGAGAGAUACAAUGGGGGCGAUGGUCUUUGCUUAAUACUUCUCAGAGUUGAUUGAAUCGGCCACUUCAUACAAUUGUUUUCAC